UUUUUUUUUUUUUUUAUAUUUCGAAAAAAUAAACAUGGACAGACUCACAGAAAUCGCUUCCCACGCUCGCGACGCAGCCAAUGUUCUCCAAACCCUUUCCACCCGUCAAAAAUCCGCCUUCUUAUUAGCGAUCCAUAAACAUCUGACCUUGGCCAAAUCUCAGAUCCUGGCCAGCAAUCGUUUAGAUAAAGAUCAAGCUCAGCCUCAAGUCGAAGCUGGGAAAUUAUCUGCUUCAUUGUUCAAACGAUUGGAUUUGGAAGGACCCGGGAAAUUCGAGACCAUGUUGCAGGGAAUCAAGGAUAUUGAACAAUUAGAGGACCCUGUCAACAAGGUUCUCAUGGCCUCUAAACUCGAUACAGGAUUAGAACUCUACAAGGUCUCCUGCCCUGUAGGUGUCCUCUUGGUCAUCUUUGAGGCCAGACCCGAAGUCGUGGCGAAUAUUGCAGCUUUGGCCAUCAAAUCCGGAAACGCUGCCAUCUUGAAAGGUGGUAAGGAGAGUUUCCAUACCUGUGAAGCUGUCUCGAAAGCCAUUCAAGAAGCCAUGCAGGAAGUGGCUGCCACAAUGGCGGCAGAGCCAUCUAAUAAUAAUGAUCAUCAGGGGGGAGGAGCCGAUAACAGUGCCGCUAAUUCUAUCGCUGCUUUGAAGAAUGCUAUCCAAGUUGUGGAAUCUAGAGAGGAUAUCGAUGGCUUACUCAAACAGGACAAGUAUAUCGACCUGGUCAUUCCUCGUGGCAGCAAUGCUCUUGUAAAAUACAUUCAAUGGAACACAAGAAUCCCUGUUCUUGGACAUGCUGAUGGACUAUGCUCAACUUAUGUUGCAGAAUCUGCCAAAUUCGAUCUUGCUCAAAAGGUGGUAGUGGAUGCAAAGACAUCCUAUCCAGCUGCUUGUAACUCAACCGAGACUUUAAUCGUCCAUGCAUCUCAUCUCAAGGAUUCAUUCUUUCUCAACCUUGCAAAGACUCUGGUGGCUGACAACAACAUUACUCUCAAAUUGGAUCAAGCUUCUUUGAAAUCUCUCCAAAGAGAGCAAGGGGAGGAAUCGUCAUCAUGGGUCAAAGAUCAUCAAGACAAGAUUCAACCUGCUAAUGAAGAAGAGGACUUUGAUACUGAAUUUUUGGAUUUGACCUUGGCUGUCAAGACCGUCGAAUCAGUGGAAGAAGCAAUUCGACAUAUUAAUGAACAUGGAUCGAAACAUACAGAUGCUAUCUUGACAGAAGAUGAAUUAGAGGCGAAACGAUUCAUGGCAGGUGUUGAUGCUGCAGGCGUCUAUUGGAAUGCCAGUACACGAUUUGCAGAUGGAUUCCGAUAUGGUUUCGGGGCUGAAGUAGGGGUGAGCACAAACAAGACACAUGCUCGAGGACCCGUAGGUUUAGAAGGUCUCGUCAUUUAUAAAUAUCAGUUGCAUGGCCAUGGACAGGCUUCCAAGGAUUAUGGAACGGAACAAGAGGGCAAACGUGUUUAUUUGCAUGAGCGUAUCGAUGUCAAGGCACGAGGAGAGAACCUGACUGACUUCUUGGCCAACAAGCGUCAGCGAUUGGACUAAUUAAAAAAAAUAACUCUUUCUCGCAUCUAUUCAUUAUAUAUACAUGCAUAAUAAUAAAGCACACUCUCCUUCCUCUCUCUCACGAAACAAAAU